CAAAUACAAUCAUUAUUCAAAGCGCCAACCUGGUCUGUUCAAGAACUUCUCCAUGCUCCCCAAUCGGAUGUUUCGAUAGACAAGGGAAGCGUCAGAAAAAUCCUCAAAUUGUCAGGUUUAAAGACUGAUAUCACUGAACAGGAGGAGGAGAGGCUUGCAGAAGCUCUUUCCACGCAAAUGACUUUCAUCAAACAUUUGUACGAAGGCUCAGAUGCUAAGGAACGGGAGAGCAGUAACGACUCCAUUUUCAGACUCUUACCAUCAGAUCACGCUCAUGGCAAAGAAGUCACCUUGACCAGUUUGCUUGAAGAGAUUAAAAACCUCCGUGCUGAUCCAGAGAAAGGAGAAGACGGAUUUGAUGUCUCUAAGUUG